AUGAUUUACAAUACAAUUUUUGCCAAGAGUUUUAGUCGUUAUGAGCAGAAAAAGUUGGGAUAUGGAGCAUUUGUUGGCUUCCUGCUCAUAGUUUUGAGUCUUUGCACAGUGUUUAAGCCUUACUUGGUUCCUAUACAUGAUUUGAAUCUGAAGCUCUCUAUUGGUGCUGACACCAAAAUGUUGAUGGUCAAUGACACAGGUGGCUCUCUAAAAAUAACCAAAGACAUUCUGACAGAAAUACUUGUUGAGAGAACUGGCAAUUCUCAACGUAGGAUUGAAGGUGAAAGAGUUGUACCAAAGAACCUGGUUAACAAUGUCAGAAGAAUCUCUCCACAAAUAGCUAGAGUUGAAGAUAAUGCAACAAGGACUCCCAUCAAUGAAAUGAUCUCUCCAACAAAAGCUGAAGUUGAAAAAUUAGAAACAAGAAAAGUAGAGCAAGAGCAACAACUACAGUGUGUUUCAGAAGCAAGAACAGAAUACUGCCAAACCCAAGGAGAUAUCCGAGUGCAUGGAAAUUCCUCUUCUGUUUACGUUGUGUCACACAAAACAAACAGCUUGGCUGAAAACGUGUCAUGGAUUAUAAGGCCUUAUGCUCGGAAGACUGAUGCAUAUGCAAUGAGUAGUGUAAGAAAAUGGUCAAUUAAAGCUAGCAACCAAGUCCAACAGUGCACAAAAAAUCACAGUAUUCCAGCAGUAAUAUUCUCUACUGCAGGAUACACUGGAAACCACUUCCAUGAAUUCAGUGACAUUAUCAUUCCACUGUUUUUGACUUGUGCAAAAUUUAAUGGAGAAGUACAGCUUAUCAUAACUGAUAAGAUGCCAUGGUGGAUUCCCAAACACCAAGCAUUUCUUAAAAAGCUGUCCAAGUAUGAGAUUAUGGACAUUGAUAAAGAUGAUGAAGUGCAUUGCUUCCCUAAGGUGAUUGUUGGGCUUAAAAGGUAUCAUAAAGAGCUAAGCAUUAACCCUCAAAAGUAUUCCUAUUCUAUCAAAGACUUCAGAGAUUUUUUGAGAGGUUCUUAUUCGCUAAAGAGAGUUAAUGCAAUCAAAAUCAGAGAUAUUGACAAUCAAAUUAAGAAGCCUAGGCUCCUGAUUCUUUCAAGAAAAAGAUCAAGAACCUUCACUAAUACAAAUCAAAUAGCAAAAAUGGCUAAAGGGAUGGGUUUCAAAGUAAUUGUUAUGGAAGCAGGGCAGAACAUGUGGAGUAUUGCACAUGUUGUGAACUCUUGUGAUGUACUAAUGGGAGUUCAUGGUGCUGGUCUUACUAACAUACUUUUCCUUCCAGAAAAUGCAAUUUUCAUUCAAGUUGUGCCUUAUGGUGGGAUGCAAGUGGAUUGGCUUGCCACAAAUGAUUUUGCAAAGCCCUCAGAGGAUAUGAAUAUAAAGUACUUGGAAUAUAAAAUAAAGUUGGAAGAAAGCACUCUUAUACAACAAUAUCCGUUAGACCAUAUGAUUAUAAAGGAUCCCUCAUCAAUAGUAAAACAGGGAUGGGAAGCCUUUAGGUCAGUGUAUUUUGACAAACAAAAUGUAAAGCUUGAUGUUAAUAGGUUUAGACCAACGUUACAGAGAGCCCUCGAGUUAUUGCAUCAAUAA